AUGGAUGGAAAAUUGAAGCAGAGCCGGAGAUCCCGUUCCAAACGUGAGAGGGUACGGAGACGGGAGGCAGUGGGCAGGGAUGCCCGCAGUCCAAACCCUUCAUCUGGUUCAGAUAGGGAGCAAAGUCCUGGGAGGGAUCUCGCCUCCCAGAAUGGUAAAAAGAUUCCACACUCCACACCUUCUUCCAGAGCCUCACGUCCCCCUCGUCGAAAGAGACGAGAAUCCAGUUCUCAAGAAGAGGAUAUCAUUGAUGGAUUUGCCAUUGCCAGUUUCGUCAGCCUGGACUGUCUGGAGUCCCACAACCUCCAGUCCCACAGCCUCCCAGCCCCACAACCUCCCAGCCCCACAACCUCCCAGUCCCACAGCCUCCCAGCCCCAAAGCCUCCCAGUCCCACAGCCUCCCAGUCCCACAGCCUCCCAGUCCCACAGCCUCCCAGUCCCACAGCCUCCCAGUCCCACAGCCUCCCAGCCCCACAACCUCCCAGUCCCACAACCUCCCAGUCCCACAGCCUCCCAGCCCAAAAGCCUCCCAGUCCCACAACCUCCCAGACCCACAGCCUCCCAGCCCCACAGCCUCCCAGUCCCACAACCUCCCAGCCCCACAGCUUCCUAUCCCUACAGCCUCCCAGUCCCACAACCUCCCAGUCCCACAGCCUCCCAGCCCCACAGCCUCCUAGCACCACAGCCCCACAGCCUCCUAUCCCUACAGCCUCACCGUCCCACAGCCUCCCAGCACCACAGCCUCACAGCUUCCUAUCCCUACAGCCUCACAGCCUCCCAGCCCCACAGCCUCCCAGCCCCAUAGCCUCCCAGUCCCACAGCCCCACAGACUCACAGCUUCCUAUCCCUACAGCCUCCCAGCCAUACAGCCUCCCAGUUCCACAGCCUCCCAGUCUCACAGCCUCCCAGUCCCACAGACUUCUAAUCCCACAGCCCUACAGCCUUCCAGUCCCACAGUCUCAUAGCCUCCCAGCCCCACAACCCCACAGCCUCCCAGCCCCACAGCUUCCCAGCCCCACAGCCUCACAGCUUCCUAUCCCAACAGCCUCACAGCCUCCCAGCCCCAUAGCCUCCCAGUCCCACAGCCCUACAGUCCCACAGCCCCACAGCCUCACAGCUUCCUAUCCCUAUAGCCUCCCAGCCCUACAGCCUCCCAGCCCUACAGUCCCACAGCCCUACAGCCUUACAGCUUCCUAUCCCCACAGCACCACAGCCUCCCAGUCCCACAAUCUCCCAGCCCCACAGCCUCCCAGCCCCACAGCCUCCCAGUCCCACAGCCUCCCAGCCCCACAGCCCCACAGCCUCCCAGCCUCCCAGCUCCACAGCCUCCCAGCCCCACAGCCUCCCAGUCCCACAACCUCCCAACCCCACAGCUUCCUAUCCCUACAGCCUCCCAGUCCCACAACCUCCCAGUCCCACAACCUCCCAGUCCCACAGCCUCCCAGCCCCACAGCCUCCCAGCCCCACAGCCUCCUAUCCCUACAGCCUCCCAGUCCCACAGCCUCCCAGCACCACAGCCCCACAGCCUCCUAUCCCUACAGCCUCCCAGUCCCACAGCCUCCCAGCCCCACAGCCUCACAGCUUCCUAUCCCUACAGCCUCACAGCCUCCCAGCCCCACAGCCUCCCAGCCCCAUAGCCUCCCAGUCCCACAGCCCUACAGUCCCACAGCCCCACAGCCUCACAGCUUCCUAUCCCUACAGCCUCCCAGUUCCACAGCCUCCCAGUCUCACAGCCUCCCACCUCCCAGCCCUACAGCCUCCCAGCCCUACAGUCCCACAGCCCUACAGCCUUACAGCUUCCUAUCCCCACAGCACCACAGCCUCCCAGUCCCACAACCUCCCAGCCCCACAGCCUCCCAGCCCCACAAUCUCCCAGCCCUACAGCCUCCCAGUCCCACAGCCCUACAGCCUUACAGCUUCCUAUCCCCACAGCACCACAGCCUCCCAGUCCCACAACCUCCCAGCCCCACAGCCUCCCAGCCCCACAAUCUCCCAGCCCCACAGCCUCCCAGUCCCACAGCCCUACAGCCUUACAGCUUCCUAUCCCCACAGCACCACAGCCUCCCAGUCCCACAACCUCCCAGCCUCCCAGCCCCACAGCAUCCCAGCCCCACAGCCUCCCAGCCCCACAGCCUCCCAGCGCCACAGCCUCCCAGCCCCAUAGCCUCCCAGUCCCACAGCCCUACAGUCCCACAGCCCUACAGUCCCACAGCCUCACAGCUUCCUAUCCCUACAGCCUCCCUGUCCCACAGCCUCCCAGUCCCACAUCCCUACAGCCUCCCAGUCCCACAUCCCUACAGCCUUCCAGUAUCACAGCCCCACAGGCUCACAGCUUCCUAUCCCUACAGCCUCCCAGUCCCACAGCCUCCCAGUCCCACAUCCCUACAGCCUUCCAGUCCCACAGCCCCACAGCCUCACAGCUUCCUAUACCCACAGCCUCCCAGCUCCACAGCCUCCCAGUCCCACAGCCUCCCAGCCUCACAGCCCCACAUCCUCCCUGUCCCACAGCCUCCCAGCCCUUCAGCCCCCCAGUCCCACAUCCCCACUCCUCCCAGCCCCGCAGACCCAAAGCCUCCCAGCGUCACAGCCCACAGCCUCUCAGCCCUUCAGCCCCCAGUCCCACAUCCCCACUCCUCCCAGCCCCGCAGACCCAAAGCCUCCCAGCGUCACAGCCCACAGCCUCCCAGUCCCACAGCCCUACAGUCCCACAGCCUACAGCCUCCAAGCCCCGCAGACCCAAAGCCUCCCAGCGUCACAGCCCACAGCCUCCCAGUCCCACAGCCCUACAGUCCCACAGCCUACAGCCCUACAGUCCCACAGCCCACAGCCUCCAAGCCCCACAGCCCUACAGUCCCACAGCCUGGCCCUUUUGUCAGCCACCAGUCAUGUGAAUAA